AUGGCAUCCAUGCACUCUGCAACUGGGGCUCAGGGGCUGCUGACAUUUGAGGAGGUGGCAGUGAGUUUCUCCCAGGAAGAGUGGGGGCAUCUUAACUCUGCCCAGAGGGCCCUCUACCGGGACGUCAUGUGGGAGAACUACAGAAAUCUGAUUUCUGUUGGAUUCAUAUUUGCCAAACCUAAGCUCAUCUCACAGCUGGAGCAAGGGGAGGAGCCAUGGGUUCCUGAAGGCCCAAGACCUUCUAAUCUGGGACUGAUUCCAACCUUCUCUGCAGGUGACACGCCUGAGACCCCUCCCCCACCAAAGGAGGGCUGUGAGGCUGGUGAUCUCCAGGGACUCUUUUCCCCAGCCCUGCCCAGUGGGGACGAGGCCUCUGGGGAGCCUACCGACAAGGUCCUCUACUGGCGCACCUCGGAGGGCAAGGAGCUGAUCCCCUGUGCUGCUGCUGACUGUCCCUGGCCACUGCCUUCUCCCCCAGACCCGCCCAAGCCUUACCAGUGCCCACAAUGCGGCAAGGGCUUCAGCCACAGCUCCAACUUCAAUCGCCACAGGCGUACCCACAGUGUUGAGAAACGGUUCCAGUGUCCUCAGUGCAACCAGCGCCUGAGCUGGAGCUCAGACCUGACACGCCACUUGCGCACACACAGCGGCGAGCGGCCGUUCAGGUGCACACUGUGUGGGAAGGGCUUCGGUCUCAGCUCUGACUACGCGCGCCACCAGCGCACGCAUACUGGCGAGCGGCCUUUCCCGUGCCCCCAGUGCACACGGAGCUUCAGCCGCAGCUCGGACCUGGCCACGCACCAGCGGGUCCACACCGGUGAACGGCCCUUCCGUUGUGCUGACUGUGGCCGCGGCUUCCUCCGCAGCUCGUCCCUGCUUAUGCACCAGCGUGUCCAUACCGGGGAGCGGCCCUACCGGUGCGGCGACUGCGGCAAGUGCUUUCGCCUAGGCCAGGACCUGGUCAAGCACCGGCGCACGCACACGGGAGAGAGGCCCUACAAGUGCACGGAUUGUACCAAAUGUUUUAGCCACAGCGCGAACCUCAUCACGCACCGGCGCGUGCACACUGGUGAGAAGCCCUACAAGUGCCCGGAAUGUGGGAAGAGUUUCAGCCAGAGCUCGCACCUCAUCAUCCACCAGAGAGCGCACACGGGUGAGCGCCCCUACAGCUGCAGCGACUGUGACAAGAGCUUCAGCAGCCGCUCCUACCUCCUCAAGCACCGCAGGGUCCAUACUGGCGAGAAGCCUUAUGGCUGUGAUAUAUGCGGGAAGAGUUACAGUCAGAAGACCAACCUCAUCACUCACCAAAAACUGCAUGGGGCGGACAGGCAGCUGGGGGUGAUACCUUGUGAACUGGCCGAGCCUAGGCCUGGAUCCUGAGGCUCUUUCCUGGGCCUGGGUUGUGGCUCUGUGUGGGGAGAGCAGAGGCAGACCCACUUCCAGAAGCCUAGGCCAGACUUCACCCCUCCCCAGUGGGAAUUGCCAAGGGAAGAUUUAGAGCCACAGUAGAAAGUGGGUGGGAUAGGGGAGUUUGAAUUGAUUUUCUCUAGGCACCAUUUCUGGUGAUCUACUUGCCCCCGUGCAAAUACCUGGGGUUGCAUACUAAGUGUGGCCUUUGGGACUCAGGCCUCUGCUCUUCUUGCCUUAGAGCCACUCCCAUGCCCCCAGAAGUGUGGGGCCCUCAGAGAGCACUAGGCAGCAAAUUCCUGUGUGCUUGGGUCCCCAGAGAAUUAUCUGGGAGCAGAAGAUACCAAGCAAAAGGCUAGCACGUUGUAUGGCGCUGGAAAAAACCAACCAACCAGCCUUUUUAGUGUUUUCUCACCACUCUUAACCUGGUCUCAUCCUAUGGUUUUCACCCCACACUUUAAUGGGUCACUGGAGUCUCUGGACUACCUCGUGGAUGAUAUUAAAGAGGGAGGAGAAGGUAGCCCCAUCUUGAGGUGGUCUUUUGUUUCUACCCCCAAAAUGACGUUCUGAGCUCUGCAGCUCAGGUACCUUUGUUUGCAUCAGCCCGUCAACUUGAUCUCACCUGAGUCCACCCAGAUCUUCAGCUUUCAGUUAAGAAGCCAAGAUACUCUGAACUUGAGUGGCACAGUGGAUGAGAUUUUCAUUAUAAUUGCACUCUACCCUUCCCCAACUGGUGUAAUUUCCUGCCCAGGUUUCCCAUUGGGAAGGGAUGUGGUGGAAGUCCGGGUAAUUAGAAAUUAAAAACAAAAUAAAAAACAAAACACACUUCUUGUCUUUCAUGGAACUCAGGGUUGAAUUCACAUACAGGUGGUGUUUACUUUUAACGGCUUCAGCUUCUCAGCCCAGAGAUUGUUUCCUAGUUGAAGAGUUGUCAGAAGUGGUAAGUUGUCGGUGGAAACAAUACUCUUCUCAAUACCGCACCUGGAAAAUCAGUUUCCAGAAGGACUCACCUCCUGGAGAGUGGGGCUGCCCGCUACUUUCUUGGGCACCAGUUCCUCCCUGCAUUAAGCUGCCUUUUCACUGGAAGAAUGCCAGUUUCAAACUUGAGGUUAAUGGAGACCAGCAUUUCUCUUUUCAGAUGAAUUAUUUGGACCAACCCUAUUUUCUUGUGCUAUGUUUGGGAAUUAGUUUAACGCCGUUGUUUACUAAUGAUUUUAUUUUGGUUUAGUAAUUCUGAACUUUUCAGAAGCUACCAUUUUCUAGGUAGAGGCCUUUCCUUUAAUAGUGUUCAUAGAGCACUCAGGAUAUCAGAAUUGUUCUGCCAUAAUGUGGCCAAGCCGGGAAACUGCAUAUUCUCCAGAAUUAGUGGGCACUCUCUGAUCCUGAAAUACUGUAGCAACUUUCCAUUGAACUAGGACCUAGGGCAGUGGUUCUCAGACUUUAGCUGGGUCCGUGAGUUGUAUUUGACUGAAUGGCGAAGAGUUUGGUUUUUUACCCACAGAGUUCCUGAUUCGGUAGGUCUGAGGUGGGACUUGAGACCUUCCAUUUCUAAGUUCCCAGCUGAUGCCGUUGCUGCCGACCCGGGGACCACAUUUUGAGAAUUUUGGCCUAGCGUGAAGAGAGGCCAAUUGUUUUGAGCUACCAGGUGUACCAACACAGGUUGCCACUCUACUCCAAAUAAAAGGUGAUCGAGGCGUUCCAAUCUGUGUAAACUAUAUUGACAAGAGGUGGAGUGGUGUGUUACAUGUUCUGUAGCCGCUGGGGUCUUCUGUAAAAUUAUUGCCCCAGUAGGUCACUGGGAAAAGCUCAGAAAACUGCUAAGAAAUAACGGGUGGAGGUGAUAUCUUGCUUACCUAAGAUGAAUCAUAUUUUUGAUUUGGAAAAAAUUGUGACAUGGGCAAAGUUGGACUUGGCCACCUUACCACCUUUCAGGUUCCUUUCACUGGUGGCUUGCCUCUAGCUGUUCUGUACCCAUCUGAGGUCCAAGCCCUGUGAAGCCUUGCUCCUAGAUCUCUCCCCUUAAGUUGAAAAUUUUAAAUGGCUCAGGUAAUGCCCCUUUUCAGAAAUUCCUGAAGUAAAAAAUCGGUGACCCAGGCAUGUUGCUAAUGGCCCUGACUCAGACACUGC